UGGUUAAAGUCAUGUACUACAUCGAAUAGAGUGUGUACUACACACUUGGUAGUACCAGAAUGAAAUAGCAGUCGCAGUCACUAUGUAAACAGCCAACAAUUACAUCAACAAAAGGUCUACAAGAGUCCACACUAUGCUUAUUUCUCCAACUUUCUGUAACCCUUUUUACACAAAUCAUAAGGAUAACUCAUGGCCGCCACUCCCUCUGCUAAUUCACUCACAUCUGCUUUUCUUCCUCCUCAAGGAUUGAAUGGAUCAUCUAAGAGCUUACAAUGGAGAACCCAAAAGUUGCAGAAACAAUUUGGAAGAAAAGCUGGCUCUGCUACAAUAACAGCUAAAUUUGAUCUCAACCCUCCUCCUUAUCCAAUGGAUGCUUUGGAGCCUCAUAUGAGUAAUAAAACAUUUGAGUUCCACUGGGGGAAGCAUCACAGGGCGUAUGUCGACAACUUAAACAAGCAAAUUGAUGGAACAGAAUUAGAUGGAAAGACACUAGAAGAUAUAAUACUUGUUACAUAUAAUAAUGGUGCUCCCCUUCCAGCAUUCAACAAUGCUGCUCAGGCCUGGAAUCAUCAGUUCUUCUGGGAAUCUAUGAAGCCCAACGGAGGAGGAGAGCCAUCCGGUGAAUUAUUAGAACUAAUAAAUAGAGACUUUGGUUCCUAUGAUACAUUUGUUAAAGAAUUUAAGGCAGCUGCAGCAACACAAUUUGGCUCCGGAUGGGCCUGGCUUGCAUACAAACCUGAAGACAAAAAGCUUGCUCUGGUGAAAACACCUAAUGCUGAAAAUCCUCUUGUUUUGGGCUACACACCACUCCUCACCAUCGACGUUUGGGAGCAUGCUUACUAUCUGGACUUUCAGAAUCGGCGACCUGACUACAUAUCUAUCUUUAUGGAGAAGUUGGUGUCAUGGGAAGCAGUCAGUUGUAGGCUUAAAGCAGCAACAGCUUGAGCUACAAUAGAAAGGGUGAAGAGACAAAUAUAAUGUACACUGCGUACAUAUUUGAGGCAGAAUGUUUUUUGUCAAUGAGACAUCAUGUUGAUGUUGUUUAUGUAGUUGAUGGACAGGAAAAAUAAAUGAUGCAGAAGUUUGAGUAAAGGAAUUUAUUGCACUUUGAUUCUCUAA